UAAAUAAAAUAAAACCGCCAAAAUAAUUAAAUAAAUAAAACGGUUAAAUUUUUAAAACCUUUUAAAAUUCCAACAUCUCGUGACCCCAUUGUCUCCCGCUUUCAAUCACCAACAUUUUCUCUACUCAAUCCUAUUCCCCCAUCAAUAACCACCACUAAUUAAGUCUACCUUCCACUGGUAAACACCAUUGACCCCCACGCUAAAGAAACCCAUAGGCUGUAGUGUUUUUUGUAUUCUUAUUUCUCUGUUCUGGUUAAGAUGGCAACUCCUGGGCAGCGAGGAAAGAUGGUGAAGAGGGUUAAGAGGGUGAGGAAUCCUGCGUCGCCAGCACCUAGGUUAGAGGGGGGAGGGAGGUCGCUCUCCGAUCAAAAGCAGAGGGUUCUUCGUUGUCGUUUGGAGACCUUCAAGCACCUGCGAUCCUCCUCUCUAGACGAAAUCGUCCACCAACUUCGCAAUAAUUACCGAGACUACCACCGCCUCAAGCUUCAGUCUUUCAACAAGUUCGUCCAGCAAACCCUAGACUCGCCUUCCUUUAAGCAAUCGAAAACCCUAAUCCAUGUCAGUGACUUAGAAGAAGAAGAAGAAGAAGAAGAAAAAGACGAAGAAGAAGACGGCCAAAGCAAUUCCCAGAGAAGGCAGAAGCGUGCUGCCAGUAAGAGCGAGGAUAAAUUGCAGCGAAUGGAGUCUGCCCACCUCAGAAGGAUUCGUGAAAGGAAUGGUGACCGUCCAUCUACAUCUUCUUCUUCUUCGUCUUCUUCUUCUUCGUCUUCUUCGUCUUCUUCUUCUGAUGAUGCUGAUGAAGAUGGGUCUCUGUCGAUGUCGGAGGACGCAAUAUACAGCAAGAAAGUGGAGCCGGAGUUUGAUGUGAUGAAAUCGAGUCUCCGAGCAUCGUAUAUGGAGUCGAACAGCGCCAUGAAGCCCAAGGCAGCCGAGGAUCAGAAGGAGAAGAAUGUAGAAAUGGAGCUUCCUGGUCGCGAAGAAGUUGAGUUAAUGGGCGGCAAUGGAGUGCUAAGGCGGCCAAAGACAUUGCAAGCAGCUGAAGCCAAAGGCUCGGUUACAGGGGUUGAGGUGAAGGGAAGUGAGGGGCCGAGGUUUGGUGACUUAGGUGGGAUGGAGAAGGUGAUAGAGGAGCUGAAGAUGGAGGUGAUUGUGCCGCUUCGCCAUCCGGAGCUGCCUCGGUGGCUUGGAGUUAGGCCAAUGUCUGGGAUUUUGUUGUAUGGCCCGCCCGGGUGUGGCAAGACCAAAUUGGCUCAUGCCAUUGCCAAUGAAACCGGCAUUCCCUUUUAUAAAAUUUCUGCCACUGAAAUUGUCUCUGGUGUCUCAGGUGCAUCUGAAGAAAAUAUAAGAGAGCUUUUUUCUAAAGCAUAUAGAACUGCCCCUUCAAUUGUAUUUAUUGAUGAAAUUGAUGCAAUUGCUUCGAAAAGAGAAAGUUUGCAACGAGAAAUGGAGAGGCGAAUUGUGACACAACUAAUGACUUGCAUGGAUGAAUCUCAUAGGCUUGUACAACCGGCUGAUGCAAAUUCGGAUUCGCAAAGUUCCGAUAACAAGUCUGGCUAUGUUCUUGUUAUUGGAGCUACCAAUAGGCCUGAUGCUGUUGACCAUGCUCUGAGAAGGCCAGGGAGGUUUGACCGUGAGAUUGUUUUAGGUGUUCCAGAUGAAAAUGCGAGGUUUCAGAUUCUUUCUGUGCUUACACGCAAUCUGAGACUUGAAGGUUCUUUUGAUCUUCUUAAAAUAGCCAGGUCUACACCAGGGUUUGUGGGGGCUGAUUUGGCAGCCCUGGCUGACAGGGCUGGUAACAUUGCCAUGAAAAGGAUAAUACACAAGAGGAAGACUUAUAUGUCCAAAUAUUCUAUGAAUGAGGAGUGCAAUGAAGAUUGGUGGAGGCAACCAUGGACGCCUGAAGAAAUGGAAAAGCUUACUAUCAGUAUGGCUGAUUUUGAGGAAGCAGUUCAAGUGGUUCAGCCUUCAUCAAAAAGAGAAGGCUUCUCUGCAAUUCCUAAUGUAAAAUGGGACGAUGUUGGUGGGUUAGAUCUUUUAAGACAGGAAUUUGAUCGUUAUAUAGUUAGGCGUGUUAAAUAUCCUGAGAACUAUGAGGAAUUUGGAGUAGAUUUAGAGACAGGAUUUUUGCUCUAUGGGCCUCCAGGAUGUGGUAAAACACUGAUAGCGAAGGCCAUUGCUAAUGAAGCGGGAGCCAAUUUCAUUCACAUUAAGGGCCCUGAACUUCUGAAUAAAUAUGUUGGAGAAAGUGAGUUGGCAGUUAGGACAUUGUUUAGUCGCGCAAGGACAUGCUCACCAUGCAUACUUUUCUUUGAUGAGGUGGAUGCUUUAACAACUAAGCGGGGGAAAGAAGGAGGAUGGGUUGUUGAACGGCUAUUGAACCAGUUACUUAUAGAGUUAGAUGGUGCUGAGCAGCGGCGGGGUGUAUUUGUUAUUGGUGCCACUAAUAGACCCGAUGUCAUGGACCGUGCUGUUUUGCGGCCCGGAAGGUUUGGUAAACUUAUCUAUGUCGCCCCACCCACUAAAGACGAGCGUGGUUUAAUAUUAAAAGCUCUUGCAAGGAAGAAGCCUAUAGAUGCCAGCGUAGAUCUGAGUGAGAUUGGACAAAGGGGAACUUGUGAAAAUUUUAGUGGAGCUGAUCUUGCUGCACUGAUGAAUGAAGCUGCUAUGGCUGCUCUUGAAGAGAAACUGACAUCACCUGAGAGGAGUUUAGAUGCAUCUCCAUGGACUAUCAACGACACUCACUUUGAGCAAGCAUUGGCUAAAAUUGCACCAUCUGUAACAGACACGCAAAUGCAGUACUACCAGAAAUUUGGGGAGAGCCUCAAAGCACCAAGAAACAAAGCCUAACCACAACAAGCGUCCCAUUGAAGAGUUUACGUUGUAAAUGUCUGUAGAGCAAACAGAAGAAAGAAUGUGAGAGGGAAGCGGAUCCGUUGUUUUGUAUUUAUUUUUAUAGUUAUAUUGGUUUGGUGCCUCGUAAAUUUACUUGGUACUUCAACUGCGAAAAGAAAUUUUGAUGAGUUUAAGGCCUGGGAUUCUACCGUGAAGAAUAUUAGAGCAGGGGUUUGCGGAGUAGACGUUUUCUUUUGGCCUGAAGGUGUUGUAGACAUUAGUGCAUAUUGCACUGCCAAUUUUGAUAAAAUAGAGUUUAUCAAUUUAUAUUCAAAA